GUGCUCUCUCUUUCUCCACCUCUCUUGCAUCACACCAGCACUCACCCUGCACGUCUCAAGAGAGCACUGCUCUUGUGAUGGGGUUGAGCGCGGCGAUACUCGUGGGCAGAUGUGUGAGAAGAAUUAAAGGCUGCACGUUAGCAUGUCCCCCCGGAGUCUAUAUGGCCCCGGCCAGCCGCCCGACUGAUGGGUGUGCGAUGAGGGGGAGGGAGUUGUAACAUGAGGGUCUGUGGUGGCGGCAGGGCAGGGUGAUAAUGGACAGUGCGAGGCUGCCUGCGAAGCACAAGUCCAGGUAUCCAGGUGCCCGAGUGUCCAGGUCUCUCGAAGUCUUGUGCUCUCGAGUGCAAUUGCACUGCACUGCGUGCGAAGCACGCCGAGGGGAAUGGAGGGAGAAGCAGAGAUCCCUCGUGUGCCAAAGCACAACGCAGACGACUAUGCGGCGGCGCCGAGCCGCGCGGGCCGGGCACCAUCGAGGGUCGGCGCCGUGCCACGGCCCAGCCGGGGCCAUCACAUGCACCAACAGCUGCAUGCACUGCAACUGCUCCCGAGCAUGUGAUGCUCGGCGCCGGCAUGCUUCUCUGCUAUGCGCAGCUCCUUGCUCUUUAUUUUUUAAAAAUUCCCAACGUAAAAGUAUCCCCGGGUGGCGCCAUGCCUGUGGGCGGGCGCCACUCGACGCUCACCCCCUGCGCAACAAAAGGUCACGACCGGGUUGCCUUUGCUCCCAGAUUCAUUUGGAGGGACAAGCGCCCGUCGAUGCCCAAUAUAUGGCUGAGAUGCCAUGGUCGAAGCAGAUUGACGACAAGCGAUGUGUGGAAGUCAAGAAGCGAGAACUCUGAAGAAUUUCGUUGGUGUUAUGGCGAGGGCAGAGAUGAAUGGGAAGUGAGACAAGCAGUGUGGACUAGUCGGACUGAAUGCGAAGGAGAUGAAAUAAAUGAUACAA